UGUAGAAAGUCCCUGCGAGAGCUCCGCCGUGUUAUCUCUGGCAUGCUGGAGCUCACUGACAGUUUCUCAAACUCUGCCUCAGCUGCUCGGCUGUCUGUAACCGCCAUGCAGACAACACGGACGCGUGUAAAUCUGCUGAACUUGUGAGUUUCGCGUCGACGGCUGUGGAUGUUGCGUGUUUCUCUGGACACGAGAAGACAGACGACGCAAAGACAUAAUUUCUUUACUUAGGUGCGCGGUACUCGUUUAUUUCAGUUGUGUGGUGACCGCUGCAGUCAGUCAGCCGGCUAGCGAAGCGUAAAUGUCGUUGAUCUGAGGUUUUUUACUAAAGGGAACAUAGCGUUCAUUUUGUCUCCGAGCCAGGAUGUCAUCGCCUGCAGAACUUUUUUUCUACAUAGAAAUGAAUGGAGUCGGCGCGGCUGGCCCAGAGAGCUCGGCUGGUGACCAGUGCCCCCUAAAGGACGCUCCAGAGCCAUCCUCUCUGCAGGAAGCUGAGUGGUACUGGGGUGAUAUAUCCAGGGAGGAGGCCAACGCCAAGCUUGAUGGUUUGCCUGAUGGCUCUUUCCUGGUUCGUGAUGCCUCCAGCAAGGCCUUUGGCCACUACACCUUAACACUCAGGAAGGACGGCUCCAACAAGCUGAUAAAGAUUCUGCAUCACGAAGGGCGGUUUGGCUUCUGUGAGCCGCUCACCUUCAGCUCGGCAGUGGAGCUGGUGUUGCACCAUCAGUGUCACUCGCUGGUGCACUACAACCCAGCGCUGGACAUCACACUGGCCUUCCCCGUGUCCCGCUACACCCAGGACGUGUCGUUGGAUUUGGGCCAUGUGUAUAACACCUCCACAGAUUAUUUCCAGCCAGCUUGUGCCUAUGCUGUGCAGGAGAAGACCAUGGGGGCCUUCAUCAGGGACCAGCAACGCAUGCCGGAGUUCUCGGCAGAGGAGAGAGCCCAGCUGAACGAGGGUGUGUGUGAGGAGGAGGACGAAGGUGCGGCGUGUCUGGAGGAGGCGACCUGGUUUGUGGGGGAUCUGAGCAGGGCCCAGGCCGAGGAGCUCCUGGUGGGGAAACCUUCCGGAGCAUUCCUCAUCCGCAGCAGUAGUAUGAAGGACUGCUACGCCUGUUCUGUCGUGGUGGAGCAGGAGGUCAGGCACUGUGUAAUCCACCGGACAGCACGGGGUUACGGCUUCGCUGAGCCCUACGACCUGCACGGCUCCCUGAAGGACCUGGUGCGCCACUACCACCGCACCUCUCUUGUCCAGCACAACCAGGCCCUGGACGUGCGGCUGGCCUACCCCGUUCUGCCAGGGGUCACAGCCACACAUCGGGGACCUUUUGAACUUUGCACUUUCCCAGAGAGACGCCACUCCAGGCCAUUGGAUACCUGACCAUUUUACAAGUGUUUGAAUCCGUUGUAGAAUUGUUUACAGGCAUUCUAGAUGUUGUGGGCAGGAUAAGACGGCAGGGUCAAAGGGCAUUUGUACGACAUUUUUUAUACAGCUGGUGCUUACGCGUGCUUGUUCCUUUUGUAAAUGUUCUUUUGCACAUUGACUGUUUUGAGGGGCUGAACCCACAUCACGGGCACCAGCUCACGCACAGCUGGGCUAGUUUCCCCAUGCUGACUCGUGACGUCAUAGUUAUACGUCACUCUGGGGGGGGGGGGGUUGGUUUUUGCUUGGUUUUUGCAAAGGGUGACAUGAACACAUCAUCUCCAUCUAGUUUUCUCCCUUUAUUAACGUCUGUCAAAAAUGGAUAAACAAAGAUCCUUUUUUUUUUUUUUUUUUUUUUGAGUGCCAUUUGUCAGAAAAAUUUGAACUUUAAAAGACUUUUUAAAUUUAAAACAAAGCUUUUCUCCUCCGGCACUCGAAUUCAGACAUGGCCUUAUUUUUAUUUGAGCACUGCAGCUUGACUCAGCCAAACUGUUCAGGCACAUCUGACUGCUCUUAAAGGAGCCCCGUAGCAGACAGCCGGGUGAGAGUUUGGACUCGGGUGCCCGUUUCUAGGGCUGAACACUGGGCUGGAUGUGAGGUCUGCUUGCUGCUCUGAGCGCUGGUCUAUGCACUACGGAACAGAUCUUACUGGAUCCGUGCCUUUUCUGGGUUACGCUUUUUUAAUCCCAUUUUAUGAAGAUUGACGGGUAGGCGGGGCUUAAAAUGUGACUUGCUGGAUUUUCUUGACAUCUGUUUAUGUUGCCGCUCAGAUACAUGUACCUUUCAGUCUUUUUUUAAGAAUUAUGAAUAAAUUGGUAAAACCUUUAAA